UUAUAUGAAAAAGCCUUUUACCGUUGUAGCAGACAUCCCUGCAGACGAAGCAGAAGCCGUGGAAUUCGUCGCACUUACACACGUCGUACCGAUUGUCCGGCAAGAUUCCACGUUCGCCGGUACCAUGACUGCUUGAGGGUUACUUCUUACUACCUGGAGCACAACCAGCCACGCAGCUAGUUUAUUUUUGACGGGCUCCCCAUCAACCGGCGCCUGACAAAUGAUGAAUUAAAGGAGUGUUUUACCCUUUUGAAAUAUGUUGCUCCGUCAUCAAAGAUUCGGCAGUACGUCGCCGACCACUUUGGAAAGGUGCACACUAUCAAGGAUGAGUGUAACUACCGCGUCAAAUGUCGACCCUUAUUGUUAGAUGACAUGUCAUCCAUCAUAGCCAAUUUUCGAGAGUGCGGUCGCGUGCUGCUGGUGGAAUCGGAGGGUGUCAGAUAUAGUCACCUGCGCUUUUCUCGAACGCAGCAGGUAGCACUAUUUAGACGUUUCUCGGACGUUGUAAACUUUGAUGCUACACACGGUACUAACCGUCUUGAUUACAAGCUUUAUACAUUUCUUGUGACAGAUGGCAUGGGGAUCGGUUGACCCGUAAUGUAUGCCUUUGUCGAAAGCGAUCAUUUUGCGCCAUUGCGCAAGCUGUUCAGCUUGUUCAAGGAUAUGAUGGGUGGAAAAUAUGAAGUCAAAACGUUCGUCGUGGACAAAAUGACCUAGCAGAUGCGGACCGCCAAAGCCGUAUUUGGCUGCGACGUAAUGCUGUGCUAUUUUCACGCACGGCAAGCCAUCCGGAAGCACACAAUUUCCAACCGCAGUUGGCACAUAUUCCAUCGCAUGGCUCGCUUUGAUAAUGCAGCUGAAUUUCGCCACAAUUUGCACAUUCUGAGGAAAACGGAUCCCGUUUUUGUCUCUUAUUUGACUGCCCACUGGCUCCACAUCACUCGAAAGUGGACCAUUCUUGCACAGCGUUGGUUGGUACAUUCUGGGAACGUGACCAACAACAGCCUGGUGAACGCCAACUGGCGUUUGAGUAGGCGCGUGCAUCGCUCAGAUAGCCUGAAGCAUGCCCUCCAGAAGGUCGCGCAUUACGGCGGAUGGAAACGCGAAUAUGAGAUGCACACCACUUAUUCUUGUGACCGACGAGAAAUUUAUGUCGCCUCAUUAUCCCUGAGCUUACCCUUACCACCCCCGAAGCCCGAACGAGUUAUUAACCCACUUGCCACUUUUUCCACGAAUAGGCUCAGUGGUUUCGACUCUGAGUGUGCAUCAGCUAUGUUGACUAGAGGUCCAACUGAAAUUUUGGAGCGGACGCUUUUCAACGGUGAUUUCCAGAGCAGACAAUCUACGACCAUGCUCUCUUUUGAGAAGGAACGUGUCCAAUCAUUCGACCAUAACAAUAUAGGCGGGCAUCAUUUCUGCCCCAUUCCAUUGGAUUCAGACACUUUCUGUGAUGUGUGUAGUUGGCCCAUUUGCAAUUUAGGCAACGACUGGGAGCCCAUUUGCCUACGGUGUGCUGAUUGUCACAUGACUUGUCAUCCUCGUUGUUUGAGCAAUGUUCAGGUAACAUGCCAUGGGAACUACCAAGACAAGUUGAGAGCGACCGGAUCCCGAUCGAAGACUCCUCAAGGAAGUGCUAUAAGUGCCCAUGAGGAUAUUGAAUCGGGUGACCUAAACAACAAACUUGGUCGGCUUUCGUUCGACACAAGCCCUACAGCAACCAUAGAUGGGGGAUCUCCGUCGGGGAAGUCCUGCUUUCCAGACGAUAAGAGUAAUGGAUUUGUUCGUUUGUCUCCAUUUCGUGAGUCUCUCUCUGGGCAAGGUCAGGACAGUUCAUUGGCCGGUCAAUCGUUUCAACAUAAUCUCAGUGUACCCAUUAUGGAGGAGGAUGUGAUCAGCAAUGACUACGUUCGUCAGACCAUUUAUCUCUUUUCUGCCGCCCUUUUCUCCCGGCGCACAGGAACGCUCCGUGUUUCGGAGGUAAACCAGAGUCCUCAGCCUACGCAGACUAUAUACUACACUGCCGUGAGCGACCUAUCAAGGUUUCCCGGUCGACGCACUACUUCGCAUCCAGAUUUUUCGAAGCUGUCGACUGAGGCCACCUCACCCGAAGCACUUCGAGACCCGUUGAAUUCAAACGCAUUCAAGCCUCCUCCAUCCAACAGGAGAUCCACUUCAAGGCAACCUUCAGAAAUUGGCCAAUACGACAAGCGACGGUCAACUAACCUGAAGGCUAGACACUCAUUCCUCGCAGGACAGGGCUCAGAUGCAACUAUCUACACACGUCUAUUUUAUGACUUCUCCAGUUUAGAUCGGGAGGCCAUCAGAGCGCAUGGCAUUCGUGUUAGGGAACUCACCCCAGAAACGCAGCAGCAGCGGAUUAUCCCGAGCGCUCCUGCUCCAUCACCACCAACAUAUUGUAAAGAUGUAUCCGAGCCUAGUAAGCUUGGUAAUUCGGAAUCUUCAUUUUCUCCGCCAUCAUCAGAAGUCGGAUACGCUACGGUGAUGCAGUCCACCGCUGCAGCGAUAAAAACCAGGAUCAAACGUACCAAACGUACGGGUUUCACUCCUGCACCUUCGAUCCCUCUCACUCCCGUUACUGUCGGACCACGAGGUCGUUUGCCAUAUACAGCCGCUCAGCUGAAUGAACGUUUAAAUGUAUUCAAUGCAAACGAGUUCGGACUACAGUCACGAUUGGUUCCCUCUUUACCUGCUGGGGAUUGUGAAGGCCAGGUGCGGAUCCACAUCAAUCUCAUCCGCCCAAUACACAUGUUGCUAACAGUUCGUCCAGUUUCCAUCUUCGAUUUAGUUGGAAAAGAAGAUGAAGAUGACACAGGUGAUCUGGAUUCUGACGAGUUUCUUGCCCCUCUUGAACCUGGUCUUGUGAACUCCUCUGCGAAUGGGGUAGCUAAACGUGACUCAAUUCCAAACGGCCAAACAACUGAUGGCGUCCAGUUUUUCCCUCCCAAAUCAGCUGUCACUGCAAGUGCACCUCCAUUUUCGGCGGACUAUCCUGUUUCUUCUGUUCAACGGAGAAUUUCCAAACGUCUGUUUGGCCCACAUCCACAAUCUUCUACUUUCUGGCUUCCCAGAGGAAGCACUAAGUUACUUUAUGUUCGACUGUCCACUACAACGAAAGAGGUGAUCACCACUCUUCUACAUCGGUUCCAAAUAGAGGACAAUCCCCAAAAAUUUGCUCUUUACGAACACACCAUCGAAGGAGAGCAGGAAGUGACUGUGCGCAAGCUGUUCGAUGACGAAUCUCCACUUGGCUUGCUUCUCAGCUGGACCGAAUCAGGUCCCGACAAAUUUAAUCAGACGCUGGGUUUGAAGCGCUUGGUGCUGCAGGAAAACGAAACGGGUGAUAUUGAGUGGUCCGGUUUCACCCUUUCCGAGCUUCAGACGUUUUUGCGUAUUCUUAACCAAGAGGAGGCAGAUUACCGCAAGCGCAUUGAACUCAAGUAUGAACUGAGACAAAAGGAAGUCAUCCGACUACUGGAGCUGUACGAAGGUCAAAAUAAGGCGCCCCAGUCGGACAAUACCGAGUCCUCUUCGACCUUCAACUCGUCUGCCCCCACUCUAGUUUUUCGCCACAGAACAAAUGUGGAUGAAAAUAUUUCAGGAGGUACGCUCAAAGCUGUAAAAGGGGAAGAGUUUGGACUCGAUAAUUCCCUUUCAGCUCCUGUCUCACCGGCACGUCGAGUGGGGGAGCAGCUACCACAUGACCAGUCAGAUGUUUCCCAUCCUGUGUUCCACGAGGACGAACCGCUGGGUGCUGUUUCGACAAACAUAACACCAUACCAGUCUCCUGAACGAAGACCCUCUACUGCGGCGUCUACGCUUCCACGUCUGCCUUCCACGGACGAUAGGAUGUUGGGUACGCUUUUCAAACCGUCGGCCUACAGGCAGAUGAAGAAGGCAGAGAAAGCGCAUAGGAAGCAGUUAGCCAGGCUUGAAAAAGACCGCGCCAAAGCUGAGAAGAAACGUCUAAAGGCCGAGGCAAAGUUGACACAACAGAAGCAGAAGCAACAAUCUGAACAACACUCUCCCCAUCAUAGAUGGCUUUUUGGGUUAGCCGGUCCUUCAACGAGCCCGUCAUCUCAGCCAGACCCAUCCAAUACUCGUUCUACUUUAAAACACUGAAAUCUAUUGGUAGAUUGGUCAGUGGUCAGUCACCCGGGCUUUCAGCAAACUUCAUCUACAUGUAUAUAUGUAUCUCCCCCUCUCUUUUCUAGCUAGGUCUUCCAAACGCCCUUGAAUUACGUCUUGUUCAAUUUAAAGUAGGCCAGUCUUUCAAUCACUCAUGAGCCAACUCUGUCGUUUAACCCGCUUUUGUUCUGCUAUGAUGCCUGCCUAUGUUUAUGCUCAACCGAAUCAGACAGAACCCAUCUGACAAACCUCACAUUGGCAUGCUUUCUAGACGGACCUAAUAGGGACAGCCUUGGACCAACUUAUCUUCAUCACUAUAUCAUCACCAUUGUUCCUUACACGUUUUCUGUGCUGUUCAAUUUGUCUUAGUGAGGAAACCGGCGUAUCAGUUACUGAUGUAUUUUCCCUCAAGGCAUUCGGGAAUAGUUAAUGGGAAUUAAUGGGGGUUCGGGUUGUCAACUAUGUUAGAGUCGUUGUUGUUUCACUGGGGGCUAUUCAACAUUAUUGUCAACUGGGGCUGUUGGGUUAUGCGCUUUGUUUUGGUAGCUAAGCAUGCGGUUGUCUCUCAUUUUGACGUUGUCAGCUUAUUUCACGGUAAUUUCCCUUCUGCGUCUGGCCAAACUGGUAUGCUUGUCUUCCGAGCCCGCUGUUCUUCGAGUUCUACACAACAAGGUGCGAAUACGUCCACGCAGCUCCGCUGUCUGCUCCGAGUUGGUCACACUCAGACCUGUCACAUAGCCCUG